GAAGGCGUCACAGUGGCCAUCUGCUCAUUGUUGUCUAAUUUUGCGAUAUAUUAUUCCUUGUAAUUCAUUAUAUUACCAGGAUUAUUAGUGCGACCUGCGAAGCUACCUGCCAUGACCACAUGCCCUCCCCCCCAUCGGUACCACUGGUCUUUCUCAUUAUCCCAACAUUAGAACGACCCGAACCCCACACUUAUAACAAUAUAAUAACAAUAUCCUUGACACAAUAACAAAAUUAUUAACUAAAGAAAACGUAUAUUGGAAAAAUAAAAGAAGUCAAUCCAGAACACAACCUGUAUUUAAGUUCAGGGUUGUGUUGACAAUUUGAGUCCGAAAGGGAGGGAAAAAGAAGCAAGCGAGAGGUGGGUAGUGCUGAAGAAAUAAUCUGAAGUGUGAAAAGUGCUGGAAACAGUGAGGAGACUCAUGGAGUAGAUACAGGCGCACCACCACACCUUACCACAAUGACCGCCCGGCCAGAAGGUGUGGUACAUCGCCGCACCUUCCAGAAUGCAAAUCAGGUGGUGGAACUAACCAUCCGAACCAUCCCGAAGGCCCUGCCACACACCACCGCACACCGCAGCCCGCCACGCACCACCGCACGUCCCUGCCACACUAGUAAUGUCCCUAAAUCAGCUGCCAGGGUGAAGAGUCAAGGUGGCCAGGGUGAUGCGAAGGCCAAGAGGUCGCAGGUUAUGGUGGAGGUCAGGCAGAAGAAAGGUCACAUUAAAGGGAGAGAAAUGCAGGAGCAGAAUAUUUCCUUCUCUUCUUCCUCCUCCUCUUCCUCGUCUUCUGUCUCAAGGAAGAGGAAGGAAGAGAGGGUUAUAGAGAAAUAUAUUAUUCAUGCUUCUCCUCCUCAUCCUUCACCUCCUCCUCAUCCUUCUCCUUCUCCUCCUCCUCAUCCUUCACCUCCUCCUUCUUCCUCUCUUCCUCCUCCCUCUAACUCACCUCUUCCUCCUCCUCAUCAUCAUACCUCACAGUCUUCCUCCUCUCCUCCUCCUUCUCCACUUACCAAUACUUCACAACACACCUCCCUUCCGCCUCCUGCUCCUCCUGCCCCUCCUGCUGCCUCCUCCCCGCCACCACCCAUCACUCCCUCGGCUCACACUCACCCACAGCAGCGGCAACACAAUGCUCGGUUACUGUCGGAUGAUGCCACACCCUCCCCCUUCGGCAGGAGUGCUCUGGUCUACCUACGCCACCUGAGGGAACUACUGGAAGCAAGAGGUCUGGGUGAGGGGGAGGAGGGGGCCCUAGUGGGGGUCCUGGAGGCUUAUAUCUCCGGCCAGGGCUCCAGUGGGGGUGUGGGGGAGGGCCCGUCACCUGCCACCACCACCACCACCACCACUGCCACACCCAGCAAUACCAGUGAGGGCAGUGCACCACCGCCGCCGCCACCACCACCACCACCACCGUCAGAGAGUGUCAGGGAGGUGGAGAGGCUGAAGCUGGUGAUAGCAGAGCAGGAGAGAGUCAUUGGUGAUCUGAAGCGUCUUAGUUCACACCUUAUUCUGCAGCUGGAACAGCUGGUUGCAAAGAAGACAGAGGGAGACAGAGAGGAGAGAGAGACAGCCACAGACACGCAGGAGGAGGAAGAGGCAGAUAGGCUCAGAAGGAAGACUGGCAGACAGGAAGGAGAUAGCAAGGAAGAGGAGGAGGAAACGAAGAGAAUGAGACGAGAGAACAAAAAGCUGAGGGAAAAGAUUGUGAACUUGGAAAUCCAGCUCACCAGAACAAGCCGCUUGCUGGAGAUUGAACGGCAGAACAACAACAACAACAACAACAACAAAAACAACAACAGCACAGCCACUCACCCACCCUCACACCCCGACAAGUCCCCCCAGAUCAGUCCCCCAACACACACACAACCCCAGCUGCGAUCUUUCCUCCCCACCUCCCCUACCAGCCAAUCACACACCAUUCACACACAUCCCAGACAAUCAGGACCCACGAAUCACGUCCCACCCAACACUGACCAAUCACAGGGCACUUCUCGCACCCUCCCUGUACCAGUUAGCCACUUCAUUCCACCUCAGAAACUCCAGAAGCCCCAGAAACUCCACAUUCACACCCAUAGCAGUGAGAGCGAAGCUGAUUCUGCGUAUGAGAAGACAGGUUCACAGCUUACCUCGAAAACGUCAUCUCCUCCACUUUCCGCUGUCCGUCCAGGGGAAGUGCCCUUGAGGAACACUGUCAGAGGUUGCCAGGGGAGUGACAGAGUGGCAGGGGGUGGCAAGGCAGCUCUGGAAGGGAGUAUAGGAGUGUUAGAAAGACAUAAGGAUGAUGAUAUUUCUCUGGUGAUGCAAGGAAGAGGAGAAGCAGAGGAUGAUAAGAGUAGGAUGCUGGGAGGAAAGAGUACGAGUGGGAGUGGUAGGAAAGCAGGAAUAAGAGGGAAAAAUGGAUGGAGUAGUAGUAGUAGUAGUGCAAGGAGUGAACGAGAGGUCAGGAGUGAUGUGGGAGUGAGAGGAAGGAAGAAUGAGAGGAGGAGUAAAGGAGAGAGUGAUUCAUUGGGAGGAGGAAUAGAGAGUUCCAGUAAGAGGGACAGUGAGUUAGGGAGUUGUGUAAGGAGUAGAGGGAGUGAGAGGAGCAGUUUUCUGAGAGGCAAGGAGGAGGAGGAGGGGAUGGAAGAGUUGAAGCAGAGAGAAACGUCUAAAAUAUAUCAGGUUAGGAAGAGUGAGUGUCUGUCUGACUCUGUGAGGGAUGAACAUUCACACCACCUCUCUGGCACCACCCAGCCACACCACACCACCACACAGCACCACCACACUACAGGCAGCCAGCAACCACUGCCACAGACCACCACACAACACCACCACACUAUAGGCAGCCAGCAACCACCACAACACACCACCACACAACACCACACCACAAUCAGCCACCAACCACAGCUGCACACCACCACACAGCCACGCCACACCACCACACAACUACACCACACCACAAUCAGCCACCAACCACUGCCACACACCACACAACACCACCACGCACACACGUCUGAUACUUCAAGCAGCUCUCAGUCAAACCGCCGCAGAAGACCCAAGAAAGUGACCCGUGACCCAAACGUCCUGGAGGUCAAACUGAGUGACCCAAUGCAGCGCUGGCUCUCUCAGGAAACCGUUGACCUUUCCUCUCUCAGCACGCUAGAUGGAGACCUUAUAAACACGAGGUCAACACAAGAGAGUUCAUUUUUUCAAGGAAUUUUGAGUGCCAGGCGAACUGUAACCACAACACCACUUGGAAUGUCACAGCCAUUGCAUUCCGGCACCCCUGUCAUGGAGUCAACUAGAGUGCCAGCCAGUUGUGAGAAUGGCAGAACGGAUUCCAGCUUUGUGGGUAUGGAGGCCGGAACUCCGUCGCUGGAGGUGCUGAGAGAAGGUGUGGAUUUGCUGGAGUGAGAUGGUUCUUUUCAGUCAGGUUCUGUUUGUUCAUUUUAGGCUCAUUUGUGUCUGUUCCAGUGAUUUGAUGUAUUUUCUGUGUUGUGUUCUAUAUAGAUGUUCCUUCUGUUCCAGUGUCUCAUUCUUGUUGUGUUCUGUUUCGUCUUUAUUUUCUGUUUAUCAUUCGUUUUCUUUUCCUAGUGAUUUUGUUUAUUUUCUGUGUUCUGUUCUGUAUAUAUUCCUUCUGUUCCAGUGUCUCAUGUUCUCUGCUAUGUUCUGUUGUAUGUUAUGUUUUCUAUCUCAUUCAUGUUCUGUCUGUUUUGUUCUGUCAUUUUCUGUUUUCUGUGCUGUCUCUCACUCUCUCUUUACUCUAGCUGUCUCUAUAUAUAUUCUCUGUAUUCUGCUGUCUGAGGAAAUGUUUGUUCUUUGCAAGGGUGAGGCUGAGAUGGUUUGAGAACUAAGCAAGUUACAAACCAAAUAAUUAUUUCCAUAACAUUUAGAAAUAUUUUAGUAUUUUAACCAAUACUAUUACCGGUUUUUAAUCAUAAAUGUUCAACCUACUGUAAUACUUUUUGUAAGACUUGAGAAUUAUUGAUGUAUGUAUAUUGACUGUAUUUUCUGUACUUUUUGCUAGAUUUUAGGGAAUGUUCUCAGUGUGAAGGGCAGGGGUGAACCAGUGUGUGCUGUGGGCCUUGCUGUGGCUGCCUCAGUAUGAAGGAGCAAAGGUGAACCGGUGUGUGCUGUGGGUGUGUGUGGCCAGCUCUGGUGUGCCUAAGUUCGAUAGAUAACUCUAUUUUCUUUACUGUGAUUAAUUAAAGGAGUGUUGAUGUAUGUAGAUUGACUAUUUUUAUAUAAUAACAAACUGGUAAUCCAAUAAAUGUCUUGCAUCAUAA